AUGCCUCGCACCUCCUCCAGCAUCUCCGAAGGUCGCUUUCCCAUCUGGCUUGUGUUUCUCCCGUUCGCACUGGUCGGCAUCGUCAACGUUGCCCGUGCGCCGAGCCACGCGCCCGUGGUCUCGCGCCGGCAGCUAGCCCUCCAGAGGAGCCGUCAAAAGCCGCCGGAUAGUGGAUGGGCAGCUGUAGAGACAUCCCGCAGCUCUGCCGCGCUGUCCUCGGAGGAGGCCACCAGGAUUGCUCUCGAGAAGGGCUCGCAACGAGUGCGCGCAGCGGCCGCGGCCGUUUCGUCGCCGGUGCGUGGCGUCGUCACCGCCGAGGCACUCGACGCUGUCCUGCCAAAGGGGGCCGUCGUGUGGCUUACCUUUAGCAACGCCGCCUACCUUCACUUUGCGCAGAACUUCUACCUCUCCUGCGCGGCCGUCGGACGGGCGCACCAGCUCGCCAUUGCUGCGCUCGACCCUCCCUCGCUCUCGAGCUGGGCAGGGCUCGGUGUUCCGGUACUCAAUUUCUCCGUCUUCGGAGAUGCGUCCGACUUCCGCGGCAUCGGCGCCGACCAGGCGCGCUUCCGGCGGAUGGGCGCGAUGAAGGUCGCCGCCUUCCUCUCCCUCCUCCGGCGCGGCCGCCCCGUCCUCUGCAGCGACGUCGACACGGUCUGGCUCGCCGACCCGGAGCCCUUCCUGCGCUCGCGCGCCGCCGCGGCGGACAUCGCUGUCACGAGCGACUGCCUCUCGCGCGAGGCAGACGCGAACAAGCGCGGCGACUCGAGGCGCUUCGACCCCAAGGGCGUCUGGUCGCCCUCCGACCCGACUGGUGCCGAGGACUGCAAGUCACUCCUCCUCACCACUGCUACCCACUCCUCAGGCGUCCUCUUCCUCAACCCGACGCCGCGAACCCUCACGCUGGCGGAGCGGCACCUCGAGGACCAGCGCGCCUUCAACAUGCUCGUGACCGAGGCCUUCUGCCCCAUCCAUCUUCAGCUCAUGCUUACAUAG